ACGAGAGCAACCCGUCCGUCCGUCCGUCCGUCCAUCCGUCUCCCAGCUCUUUUGUUCAGUAGCGCUCAGCUGCGCGCCAAGUGCACGUCGCGCUCCCGGCGUCCUGCUGCUGCUCUGCCCUCCUCCAGAUCCGUGAUCCUACGGAGAUCCCCACUUUUUCCAAACGUGUUUCUUCUCAUCUUCCUCCUGCGCCCAAAUCGCACCCUUUGGGCAUGUGACGCUACUUUGCCGCGGUGCUCAGUUUGACCCUCGAUCGCUUCGCCUCGGCGGCGCGGCGGCGGUGGAAGCGGAGCGGUGCGGAGCGGUACGGAGCGGUACGGGGGACACCUGCGCUGAACGGCGGCCACGGCAAACACAGCGGCACCGCGCAUCGGGACCGCGCACCGGGACCAGAGCGCUCCGCAUUCCUCCAGACCCCACGGCUCCCCUCUGCCAAAAAAGGUCCAGGAUGCUGAGUGUGAUCCGUGUGUCUGGCCCACAGGCUUUCCUUGUCCUCUUUCUGCUCCACACAGUGGGACAUGGUACGAGCAGGGCAGACACCCUGGUAAACAUGCGCAAAGUGACACACCAGGUCGUCCACGAGCCGCUCGCAGGCACUGCCUUCCUCCCAUGCGUCUUCACUUUGCGCCCCAGCCCUACCCAUGAGCCGCCCCGCAUCAAGUGGACCAAGAUCUGGGGACAGAGAGGAACUGACGGGGUCCAACAAGAGCAGACGGUGCUUGUGGCGAAGGACAACGUCAUCAAGGUGAAGAAGGCCUUCCAAGGCCGUGUCACUCUGCCUGGAUAUCCAGACAACCGCUACAAUGCCACCCUGGCCCUGAAUGGCCUGCGCUCCAGUGACUCUGGCAUGUAUCGAUGUGAGGUGGUGGUGGGAAUUAACGACGAAGAGGACACGGUGCCCCUGGUGGUGUCGGGUGUGGUGUUCCACUACCGUGCACCCCAUGACCGUUAUGCCCUCUCCUUCUUGGAUGCCCAGCGUGUUUGCCUCGAGAACUCAGCUGUCAUCGCUACACCCACACAAUUGCAAGCCACUUUUGAUGAUGGCUAUGACAACUGUGAUGCAGGCUGGCUAUCUGACCAGACCGUCAGGUAUCCAAUACAGUUACCAAGGCCUGGUUGCUAUGGAGAUAGGGAGGACUCACCUGGUGUGAGGAAUUAUGGCAGCAGGGCCCCAGAGGAGCUGUUUGAUGUUUACUGCUAUGCCGAGCAACUGAAAGGUGAGGUGUUCCAUGCCUCAGUUCCAGAGAAGCUCAGCCUGGCCCAAGCCUUUACUCACUGCCAGUCCUUGGGUGCUCAGCUGGCCACAGCCGGGCAGCUUUACCUGGCCUGGCAAGCAGGACUUGACCGCUGUGACCCAGGGUGGCUGGCGGAUGGCAGUGUACGCUAUCCUAUCAACCAGCCACGACGCAACUGCGGGGGGGACGAGCCCGGAGUCCGUACAGUUUAUCAGAAUCCCAAUCGCACUGGAUUCCCAGACACAACCUCCCUGUUUGAUGCUUUCUGCUACAGAGAAAAAUCAACAGGAAAUCCAUCAGUACAAGCUGUGGGGCUUCUUCAGUCCCGAAUACACUCUGUGAAUGAAUCUUCAAGCACCAGGCAGAACUCAGACCUGAGACAGAGCUCUAAAGAAAGUGAAACAUUCACUCUACCUGGGCCCCAGCCCUCCAGCUGGACUGACCCAACGAACUUGGAGAAGGAAGGGACCAACUCCAGCACUGGCAGUGAGUCUUCUGAGAUCUCAGAGGAGCAUGUGGUGAUUCACCUUGGACCAGGGGAGACCCCCGUGACCUGGGAGGAACAGCCAGAUGCAGAGGCAAGCAGCCCUCGGGAGGCCUCAGUUCCCAAGAUCACCACACUGGACGUGUCUGACGUGGAGCACCAGGGUAGCCUUGGGGACUCUGCCAAGGAGGAAGAAGCAAGUGAGGAGUCUGACAGGCUUUUGGGAUCCUCUUUUCCUUUGCUGUCCUCUGCUCCCACUCCUACAGUUAAGAGCCAGGUCAACAGCACCAUACUAUCGAACAUUGUGAACUCACUCAUAAAACCAUGGUGGUAUGUCACAAGCUCUCCUAAGACCGAAGUUAAAGUCACACCAUCAAGCCCAACACAAGCAAGCUUACUGGAGACUCAGGAGCUGAUGGCAACUGGAAGAGGUAAUCCAACAGGGGUAAAGAGUGAAACCAUCAAAAGGGGUUCCAACAAUGCUAUACUAGAGUAUUUCGAGGAACAGGAGUCCCACAAAACCUCCAGUGGUGACCCAGUGGGCAUAGAAGAGGAACUUUCUCAGCGGGAAAGGGAAAUCAUCUCCAAGCCAAAGCAAAGUGAUCAAACUGCAAAGGCGAACCACAUGAAUCCAAUGAAAAGCCCAACCGAGUCUCCUACAGCUCUUCAGGCAGUCUCCUCAGGCGGUACAGUUGCUUCAGUUCAUACAGAUAAACAGAAUCCAACUGGAACCAGUGGUGAGUUAUCCAGCUCCUUCAGUACCAGAAGUGGGCUGGUCUUCAGCACUGUACCAAGUCAUCAGGAUUCUUGGCCACUGGUGUCCACACAGGAAUCCAAGCAAGGCUCUCUAGACCUUAUUGGAGAUCACACAACUGUCUCGGAGAUGUUGUCAACAGACAGACCCAAAGAAGAUAGCCCAGCAAAUACCAGCAGUCCCCACACAUCUGGGCCAUUUGAUGCUGCACUGGGAACAUCAGGAGAGCUGCCCAGGUUAAUGGAAAGCUCCAGUGUACCUAAUGAACAGGGUGACUCUUCUGAGGGGGUUCCCAAAACUAUGGAAGCAAAGGCUGGGGUUGUCGAGCUUUUGGUUCUACCCUCCUCUAAAGACAACCCAGAAAACUACUCUGGGGAGGGGAAAGAUCAGGAGGAAGGAGUUGGUUACCCUCUUCCUAGAGAUCCGUUCCCAAACUAUGUGUCAUCUCGACCAACUUCAGGAAGCCUUUCUUUUGAAACAGACCAUGAGGCUGAAGGAAGCGGGGAACCGGAUCUUCUCGGCAGAGAAGACAGCUCUGACAGUCACAUGAUCUCUUCCUCCUCCUCAAAACUACUUCCUUCCAUGAUGGCCAGCUCUGAACCCACUGACAGCCAGACAGUUGCUCAGCCUACUACUGAAAGACAGUGGCAGAUGGAAGACCAGCCGACUACACUACCUUCUGAUGUCACUGAUUCAGUGGGACAACAACAGCAGACAGAAGAAGUCUCUGAAGUUGCCACCACAGUCACAAGAGGAGAAGCCAUCUUUGAGGUUGUAUCCUCUGAAGACCCAAGAACCACUUUUCCCAGUAAGGACAGUACAAAUGAACACAGAGUGCUUGCCACUGACACUUACUAUAUGCAAGUAACCUCCACACCAAACACUUGGCCUGCCACAAGGGUUCCUGUCACAGUUGAGCUCCUGACAACCACUGGAACCAUAAUGGCAAACUUAGAGACUACAGAAGAGCCUGAAUCAAUGGAGAAAGAUCUUGAAAUGGACCCUUUUUCAGAAAAUAUCACUGAAUCUACUGAAGAUCCCACUGGCUCAUUGACACCAACAGAGAAGGUAACAUUUGGUACCACUGAGCCUGAGCAACAAACAAUGGUACCUGAUUUGGAUCCUGAGGGAACCCCCACUGCCUCUACUCCAGUGCUACCAGCCAAGCCCACCUCAGGCCCUGGGGAGAUCAGUCAAGAAGUUGAGCCUCGAUCCACAAGCUCUCAGUCUUCUACUGUGAGCCAGGACAGAACAGCUCCCAAAAACAACUCCACUCCAACCACUGAUGGAUCUCUCCUCUGGAUCUCUGGAGUCCAGACCUCCAGCAGUACAGUAGAUGAGGGUCUGCUCAGUCCUGAACUCAACUGGCACAAUUCCACCAACACCUCAGCAGCUGAGGACGACCCCUGUCAGACCAACCCCUGCCUGCACGGAGGGAACUGCUUGUCCGAGGGGAAAGGCUACAGCUGUUACUGUCCGCAAGGCUACUCUGGGGAGAGCUGCGAGAUUGAUAUUGAUGACUGCCAGUCAAACCCAUGUCAGAAUGGAGGCACCUGCAUCGACGAGAUCGAUUCCUUUGUCUGUCUGUGUCUUCCCAGUUACGGAGGAGUCACAUGUGAGAAAGACACCGAGGGCUGCGAACACAACUGGAGGAAGUUCCACGGCCACUGCUACAGGCACUUCACGCACCGACACACCUGGGAGGACGCCGAGAAAGACUGCCGCGAGCACAGGGGUCACCUAGCCAGCAUCCACUCGCCUCAGGAGCAGGACUUCCUCAACGGCCUGAGCCAUGAGAAUACCUGGAUUGGACUGAAUGACCGCACGGUGGAGGAGGACUUCCAGUGGACAGACAACAUGGCACUGCAAUAUGAGAACUGGAGAGAGAACCAGCCAGACAACUUCUUUGCAGGCGGUGAGGACUGCGUGGUGAUGAUCGCCCAUGAGAACGGCAAGUGGAACGACGUACCCUGCAACUACAACUUGCCCUACAUCUGCAAGAAGGGCACAGUGCUGUGCGGAACGCCCCCGUUGGUGGAGAAUGCCUUCCUGAUCGGCCGCAAGCGCUCGCACUACGACAUCCAUUCUGUGGUGCGCUACCAGUGCGCUGACGGCUACCUCCAGCGCCACGUCCCCACAGCCAAGUGCCGUGCCAACGGGAAGUGGGACCGGCCCAAGAUCAUCUGUACAAAAUCUCGCAGAUCCCACCGCUACCGGCGCCACCACCACAAGUCCCAGCGGCAGCGCCGAAAGCACAAGAAGCACGGCGGGGCAGGAGGUCACAGGGGUGAGGAGGAGGGCCACGGCCACUUCUGAACCAAAUCGCCGCGGUCCUCCGGAGCCCUGGUCCUCGCUCUGCUCCGGACCCCCGGUCUCAGAUCGUAGAGCCGGGCUGACAGUCCUACUUGACUGUGAGGCUUGGAAGGCCACUACCAGGCCUGACCGGGACAACAGCAAGCCCUCUCCUCUCAUCCGCCCUCAUUUCUCUCCCUCAUUUCUAUUUGUAUUCCGACUCUUUUCAAGGGAUCACUUGUUUGUCUCAUCGUGAAAAUUCCCGCUUUUCCUUUGGUCGUGCGCUUUUUGUACCAUCGUUUUUCUUAAGGCGUCGAGCGUUUCAUUAAUUGUAGGGGACGGAGUUUAGUAAGCGAAUAAUUAAAUA